AUACUUAAAGUAUAAAGAGGAAAGGAAAGAUAGACAAAGAUAAAAUUGAUGGAAGGUGUGUCUUUGUGAUUUAACACACCAAACCACUACCCAACCCAAUAAACCUCCCAACCUCCCCCCAUAUAUUUACAGAAGCCCUUUCCUCUUCUUCUUCUUGUUUUUUUUUUCGUUUUACUUGCUAUUAUUCUUUCUUUCUUCAAGAGAUCAUAUACACACACAGACACAAAAACAUAACAAAGAUAGAAAGAACAAGGUGAGCAAGAAAAGACUCAAUGGAUGGUUUGAUUCCAAUGGCGUUUAAGGCUAUGAAGAAAAACAGGACUCGCCGGCGUUACGAGUGUCUCUCUUCCUCAGCCGGCACGACUACAUAUUCCUACGACCACUUCCCUUUCGCCGCUACAUCCGAUGUAUCUCCACCCUCGUCGUCUUUUGAUCAUAUAGAGACGAAUAAAGUUGGUGUUCAACAACGCCACCGCCGUGGUUGGUCGGUUGAAGAUUUCUCUUCCAUUUCUUGUCGGGAAGGAAGAAGAUCUGGUGCCGACGGCAGCGGAGACAUCGGUUGCUCCCCGUCACGGCGAGGACAGCUUGUGAGGAAUAGAAGCCAUAGAUUGUUCUCUUGUGUCUCUGGUGAAUAAUUUAAUUAUUCAUCCCAUACAAAAAAAAAAAGCUUUUAUUUGCAUCAUCUGGUUUAGUGUUAUGGACCUAUGGUUGACUUUUUUUUUGUUACGAAAGUUUGAAGUCGUUGGGGGGAAAGAAUGCAAAUUUUGUACUUCUGGGUGAUAUUCCAAUAUUGAUGUGUAAAGUUUUGGGGUUUUAGUUCACAGUUAUGUUUAUUUGGGGCUCAAAUCAUAAAAAAGGAAACUUUAGCAGAUCGAAAUAAUUUACUAUUUUUGUUUUUUUCCAAAAGUCUU